AUGACGUUGAUAAGGGCGGGGCCUGCGCACAGGUUGCAGGUGAAGCCGCCCUGCGCCGUUACUCGGCCCGUGGUCUCCUGCGCAGGCAUGGCGCGCGACCGCGUGGGAAACUGCCCCGCGCUCUUCUUCCUCGCGCUCGUUUUUGACGUGGCCGGCCUGGUCGUGCUCCUCGUGGGCGUUUUCGGCAACCCCAACCUGGACGGCCGCUUCUACGGGGAUUUCCUCAUCUUCACGGGCUCCGUCAUCAUCUUCCUCAGCUUGGUGUGGUGGGUCCUGUGGUACGCCGGGAACGUGAAGGCGCACGCGCCGGCCGGGAGCGGCCCCCUGGACAUCAGCUUCACGCAGUGGGCCCGGAAGCUGUCCGAGAGGCUCUCAAAGGGUGGGAUGAAGCCCGUGGAAGCGGGACAGGAGAAGAAGAAGGGCCUGGAGAACGGGAAGGAGACUAAAUGGACCGUGCGUACUUGCGCUCCGUACGGAGUGAGAUGGGAAGAAAACAGCAGAACUUCCACACCGGGGCACGACAACAAGGGGUUCGAUGGCCUGAGCGAGUGUCCGUCUUCUGCUGAUAAGAAUGUGGAGCUGGGGACGCUGAAGACCUCAAACCUGGCCCUGCACUCGCUGGUGACUCACACAGACGGGAAGAAACAACACCUACUAACCACUUCUGUCAUGGAUUACAGCCUUUAUAUAGGUCGCUGCGGGCUAUUUUUCUGCCUUGCUGUUUUACUGGACGCGAUAGGUCUCAUCAUCUUCUUCGUUGGGAUCGGUGCUCCCCUCAGCUACUGGGAUUUCCUGGUCUUCUCCGGGCCCCUCUUUGUGUUCAUGAGCCUGGUGUUCUGGAUCUUCUGGUAUCUUGGAAACCUGGAGGUGUCUUUGGAGGAGAUGCUUCCCAUGUGA